UUAAAUUCCCUUUUCUGUAGGCUGCUUAUCAGAAGAUGCUACCUCUGUAUUUUCCAAGAUCACUAGUAGAGGAGAGACAGUCCCUGCCUUUACUUCCUGAAGAUAUCGGCAAUGCAGAAGGGGAGCCAGUCGUGCCAGAGCGUCAGAUUAGAAUUAGUAAAAAGCCAGGUGCUUCCGAGGAUAAUUCUGAUGAAGAGGGGCUAGAAGGCGACUUCUCAUUUAUCGGCUCCCAUGCUUUUGCUCGAAUGGAGGGAGAUGUUGAUAAACAGAGGCGUCUCAUCCUUCAAGGACAGCUAUCUGAGGCAGCACUACAGAAGCAACAUCAGAGAAAUUACAACCGCUGGCUUUGUCGAGCGAGAGCUGAAGACUUGUCGGAUAUUGCUUCACUUAAAGCAUUGUACCAAACAGGAGUUGAUAACUGUGGUCGUACAGUGAUGGCAGUUGUUGGAAGGAAUAUUCCUGUAACGCUUAUAGACAUGGAGAAGGCUCUCUUGUACUUUAUCCAUGUGAUGGACCAUAUUGUAGUGAAGGAAUAUAUCAUUGUGUAUUUCCAUACACUCACCAAUGUCUACAAUCACUUGGACUCAGAUUUCUUGAAGAAACUCUCUGAUAUUGUCGAUGUCAAGUACAAAAGAAAUCUGAAGGCCUUGUAUUUCGUCCAUCCAACAUUUCGCUCAAAGGUUUCAACCUGGUUCUUCACAACCUUUACUGUCUCAGGUCUAAAGGACAAAGUUCACCACGUGGAAAGCCUCCAGCAGUUGUUCACAGCAAUACCCCCUGAACAAAUUGACUUUCCUCCAUUUGUUCUUGAAUAUGACAUCAGGGAAAAUGGAUCAUACUAUUCUUACCCUUCUUCUCCAGACCUCUGACUCUUCAGCUCUGCCAUUGUUUCUGAUUGCUCAACAAUCUAUCACACGCUGCUUGCCAAUACCAUAUCAAGUCAACCUAAGUUAUUUACAGAGUUCAGAGAUAGGGCUUUCUUCCCCACCUCUGUUAUUUUUUUACAAUGAGAUAGUUGCAAGGACACACGCAAUCAGAAAACUACAGUGUAAUGAACUGUAUUUCAGAUCUAAGUAUCCAGGAGAAAAUGAAUUUUCCAUGUGGGAACAUUCUUUUUUCUUUUGCCAGAUGUCAAGGUGGUUCUGUUGUUACUACCAUUGUAGUUUCCUGAGACAUCCUGAGUGGCUACAUUUUGGUAUAACCUGCAGAUAUUCUGUCUUGGGGGAAAAGAUGCAGUAUCUAUUUAAUAGUGUUCUAUGGCCUUUAUAGAUUGAAUCCACCAUUAAGACAGAUAUAAUUACAGAAUUGCCUUGAGAAAUGUCUGCAGUUGGGCAGAACUGUUGUCAGCUGUAAAGCUACCACGAUAUACAUAAUCAGAAAUGCUACUUAGUUAAAGGAUCUGUCAUCUAUUUCUCUCUUGCCAAAUGAUGUGAGAUGGAAGUGCUGCUACCGCUGCCACAUCCCUCCUCCAGUAAAACCUAAGGGCAUAUCGGUACUGCCUGGUGUAGUUGUGUUUUUGCAGUCAUUUUGGGAUAAAUACAGUGUGUCGAUUGCAAGCUGGACUAUUACUUUGUAUCACUGAAGAAAUUCAGCAAUUCAUGUUUUGUUUUGUUUUGAAAAUAAAUUUAUUUGUAUGCA